AUGACGACAAUUUCCGAGCUGAAAGCUAAGGGCGUUGGAGGUCCCUUACAGGUCAGAAUACUACGCAAAUGGAAACAUGAUAUCUGGCAAUACGAAACCUGGUACUUGGCUGUCGAGAAAUACGUGGAUGCAAUCCAAAUUCUUGGCCAGCGAACAAACCAGAGUUACAUUGAAUCCGUUUUGAAUGUUUCACAACGUUAUAUUAUAUCGGAUUAUAGUUGUCCUGAAUUAGACAAGUAUCAAAAGGUUCUAGAAAACGAUAUCUAUAUCGAUGUCGGUCUGAAGUCCAGCACAUAG